CCUGCAACUUCACCAAGAAGAAUGAGCACAGUAGGAGCUUGUUAACAUUAACAUGCUCCAAAUCCCCUCCAAGUCACACACAAUCCUGAUCUGGAAAUAUUGUAUAUCAGCAUUCCUUCAUUAUUCCAAGAUCGAAAUGCUGGAAACCACUUCCUUUCUCAGCCUUGACAAACAGCAUUGUGAGAGCAUGUUCAUCAAAUGGAUCCCAACAGUAAAAGAAGAUGCCUCAUCACCACCUGUCCAAGGACAAAUAAGGAGGCCAUUAAAUGCUGGUCUUGCAAGCAGUGCUGACAUACUGAGAUAUAUUGUUUAUGCCCACUUUGAAAGGGAGAACACAACUACAGCUGUGAAGAUCCCUGCUGCACCUGAUGACCCUGUGAUCUCUGACUCAGAGGCUGAUGUUAGGCUGUCUUUAACGAGAGUGAACACUCGCAACCCGGAAGGUCCUGAUGGAGUACCUGGUAAGGCUCUGAAAACCUGUGCCAACCAACUGGUGGGAGUAUUCAAGGACAUUUUCAACCUCUCACUGCUACGGGCAGAAGUUCCCACUUGCCUCAAAAAGGCAACAAUUACACCAGUGCCUAAGAAGAAUAACGUGAGCUGCCUUAAUGACUGCCGCCCGGUAGCACUCACACCAGCAGUGAUGAAACGCUUUGAGAGGUUGAUCAUGACCAGACUGAACUCCUGUCUCAGCAAGGACCUGGACCUAUUUUAAGUUGCCUAUCAUUACAACAGGUCAAUGGCAGACACAGUCUUAAUGGCUCCACACGUCUAGACCACCUGGACAACACAAACACCCACGUCAGGACGCAGUUCAUCGACUACAGCUCAGCACUUAAUACCAUCAUUCCCACAAUCCUGACUGAGAAGUUGCAGAACCUGGGCCUCUGUACCUCCUUUUGCAAUUGGAUCCUUGACUUCCUAACUGGAAGACCACAAUCUGUGUGGAUUGGUGAUAACAUAUCCUGAUUGCUAACGAUCAACACUGGUGCACCUCAGGGGUGUGUGCUUAGCCCACUGCUCUAUUCUCUAAACACAUGAGUGAGGCUAGGCAUAGCUCAAAUACCAUCUACAAAUUUGCUGAUGAUACAACCAUUGUUGGUAGAAUCUCAGAUGGAGAUGAGAGGGUGUACAGGAGUGAGAUAUGCCAACUAGUGGAAUGGUGCCGCAGCAACAACCUGGCACUCAACAUCAGUAAGACGAAAGAGCUGAUUCAGGAAGCGUAAGACGAAGGAACACAUACCAAUUUUCAUAGAGGGAUCAGAAGUAGAGAGAGUGAGCAGCUUCAAGUUCCUGGGUGUCAAGAUCUCUGAGAAUCUAACCUUGUCAUGGUCCGGUCUGUGAAGUCCGCGUUCCAGCUCACGGUCCGGUCUAUGGACUCCAGGCUCUGGGUCUUCCGGUGUUCUCUUGUCUCAAUUUGGGCUUAAUCGUAGGCACCUGAUUCUCAUCUUGGGGCAGGAAUAUAAGUGGCCCUGGGUCUUGUCAGUAUCAUGUCCUUGCCUCUGUGUGGGUUUGUCCUGUCCUUACCUCUGUGGGGUAAGUCAGGCUAUCAUUGCCAUUACUCUGAGGCAGGACUGUUCCCUUCCUUCCCUCCAAAGCCCUGCCUGCAACCUACCCUGAAGCACUGCCCUGCAAUCUGUGACUGGAGCCUUGCUUGGAGCCUCACCUCACUCUGCCUUGGCCCAGGGCCUGGCCUUGCCGUUGCUAGGUGGGUCCAGCCGUUUUGCCGCUACCUAGUGUUGGGAACUUCUUGUCGUGUUCAGUGUUCUGUGUCAUGAGUCCUGACCCUACGUCCUGUAUCCAAGGAGGGGUCCCGGCUCGGUGUUCCAAGUUCCUGUUCUCCCUUGACCAAGGCUCUGUGUUCUCGUCUUGUUGAUGUGCUUCGCCUAGCCCAGGAGUACCUUACCCAGCCUGGUGCUGGGGUUCCCUUGUCCGGUCCAGGAGUCUCACGUCCAGUCCUGUGCCUCUCCUCGUCUGGUAGCGACGUCUUGUCCUCCUACCCAAGAUCCUACUCAAGAUCCCACACCCCGCACUUCCCGUUUCUACCUCCUACCCAAGAUCCACAAACCUGCCUGUCCAGGUAGACCCAUUGUCUCAGCUUGCUCCUGCCCCACCGAACUCAUUUCUGCCUAUCUCGACUCUGUUUUAUUUCCCUUUGUUGAAUCCCUUCCCACCUAUGUUCAUGACACUUCUCACACUUUGAAUUUUUUCAAUGAUUUUAAGUUCCCUGGCCCCCACUGCUUUAUUUUCACCAUGAAUGUCCAGUCCGUAUAUACCUCCAUCCCCCACCUGGAAGGUCUCAAAGCUCUCAGCUUCUUUUUGGAUUCCAGACCUAACCAAUUCCCCUCUACCACAACUCUCCUCUGUCUAGCCAAAUUGGUUCUUACUCUCAAUAAUUUCUCCUUUGGCUUCUCCCUCUUCCUCCAAACCAAAGGUGUAGCCAUGGGCACCUGCAUGGGUCCAGUUAUGCCUGCCUUUUUAUUGGCUUUGUGGAACAGUCCAUGUUCCAAGCCUAUAUGGGUAUCCGUCCCCCUCUUUUCCUUCACUACAUCAACGACUGCAUUGGCGCUGCCUCCUGCACGUAUGCUGAGCUAACUGACUUCAUUAACUUUGACUCCUACUUUCACCCAGCCCUCAAAUUUACCUCAUCUGCUCUUUUCAUUGAGGCUUUUUAUUCCAGGAUGAAGGAGAUGUCUUCCUUUUUUAAACAAAGGGGCUUCCUUUCGUCUACCAUCAACUCUGCUCUCAAAUGCAUCUCUCCCAUUUCCCACACAUCUGCCCUCACCCCAUCCGCCCACCACCCCACUUGGGGUAGGGUUCCACUUGUCCUCACCUAUCACCCCACCAGCCUUCGGAUCCAACGUAUAAUUCUCCGUAACCAGAGUUAUGCAAAGGGAAAUCCAUGUCAGUGUAAUUGUUCGAGGUUUGAGGACGGCUUCCUCUGAGGUCAGUAUCUCAAGUCAAUGUUCAUGCUGCGGCGCAUACCACACAGCUCACAGUAUAUGCUCAGCAAACAAUCUACAACUGCAAAACAUUCCCAGAGACAGAAUCAUGUAGUACAUUUAGAACUUGCCAGGACUAAAAAAAAUAGCUAUAAGAGAUGCAUCUGCCGAACACUGCAAGUUUUAUUAUGGCAGAAACGGGUGUAAGAUAGGACAAAUGAGGAAAGAAAGUGAGAUGUUUAGAGGGAAAAGGAGGGUAAUGUCUGUGCUACUUGUGUAAACCUGGAUUAAUCGGAAGGCUAAUUAUGGGACUUUGAAGCAGGAAACUCUGUGAAUGAGGAUUGGAAGCAUAACUGAUCAUUUUGGAGGUUUGAAUAAUUAGAGAACGGAGGCCAUCUUUUGAAAGUUGAGUCUGUUAUGCUUUGUAACUUCAAAACAUAAAACUAAUCAAAAGAAAAACGUGGAGCUGGGGAUAACAUGUCUACUUCAUUCUUUACUUUAAUUUACCUUAGUCAGGCGUGCACAUAUGACGUGGCGGCAUAAUGAUGUGUACCAUACCCAUCCUUUACAUAUAACCCAUGUAAUGAAUUAUG